AUGGCGGCACGUAUAUUUUCGCGAGUGAACUUGGUUUCAAAGCGAUUUUUCGCAGCUACGGCUUCUCCAGAAGCUUCUUUGGCAGAGAAAGAACUUGCAGAAGCGAAACAUGCUGAAUGUAAGUCAGUAGACUCGAUCUUAUCUUGUUACUGCUCCAAAACGAUGCCCCAUUAACUGGCAUUGCGUGUUAUUUUAAUACGCUUGCUCUUAACGCAUUUAGUUCAAUAUUGUACUGAAGUUACCUCCGAAGUUUAAAUGUAAACUUACAGCGUUAGUUCAAAAAUGAAAAUAUGAAGUAUGACGAGUGUCUAGAAAGGGUAAAUGCCAGAUUAACCUAUAACUAUUAACUAUUACUAUCGAGGGAUGAGCUCGUGAAGUCGCACAUACGAAAUUGGCCAGUUGAGAUUAGUAGAUAAGAUUUGUUUUACGGCUGUUGAUGAAAUGGAGAGAUCUUGUUUUAUAUUGGUAACCGUAUGGCCAACACUAAAUUCUGAAGCUAGAGCCUCACUCGUAUUUGCGCAAACUAUUAUGACGAAUGUUUACGGCCAUGAUGUGGGUGCUGAAAUCAUGCCCUGUGAUUUCAUUUACAUGCUAUUGGCAUUUACCUUGUAAGUGAGAACCCUAAAGCUUUUCUGCUAUUUCCAAACCAAGUCGUCAAAAUUUAGCUGAAAAAAAAUUGGAAGUAUACAAAUAAGGCCAGAGAAGGGGAGAAGGAAUGGCGCAGUGGUGAGAGCACUCGCCUACCACUACUAUGACCCAAUAUGGCAUCACAUGUGGGUUGAGUUUCUUGUUGGUUCUUUUCCUUGCUCAAAGAGUUCUUCUCUGGGUCCUUUUAGUUUUCCUCCCUCCACAAAAAUCAACACUCCAAAUUCCAAUUUGACCUGGAAACAGUGGGCAAGAAGAGCCAUCUAGUUGGAUGUCCAUUGUUGAAUUCCCAUUUAUUUUUAUUAUUUUAUCUUAUUAAAGAAAAUGAGACGUGCAGAACCAAAUCCCAUAGUAGGGCAAAGAUUGUAAAAAUCCAUCUACAAUAGUCCAAACUCUGUAGAAAAUAUAUAUUUAAGUAGUUAAAUGAACCACAACAUUAGGCCAAAAUAAACUUCUUAAAAUCCCAAACAAAGAGGUAACAAAUUUGUGCAAAUGAAAGUUAAACGAGAAUUCAUCAAAACUCCAUAAAACAAACAACAAAAGUUAAAAAAAAAUUUCCUUGUUUGUUUUGAAUGUCGAGGCUAGAGUUCUUUGAUAUGACUGGCUAGUUUGUGAAACCAUGGGUACAGCUUGUGAAUACAAAAAGAAUGAAGAGGGGGGAGAGGAGGGUAAAAAAAUUGUUAUUUGAAUUUUAAAACAAAAGAGAUUUUCUACAUAGGUGCAUGUCCAUGGUUCAAUUUUUGUGAAAAUCUCUGUCUUCAAUUUUUGGGUUUUUUACUUUGUUUGUCAGGUACAUGUAAUUUGUUUUUGGUAGUAAAAGAUUUUUCUAAUGCUAUUUGCUUUUCUUUUUUAAAAUGGUUAAUAGGAAAAUAGGGUCCCUGUACUGUCUUCCGUCAAAACAGGACAGGUUAUCUUUCAGCAUUCUAAUUUCAAUUGUUUAGUCAAAUUCCAAUUUUUUUCCUCUCUCUUCUUCUCUCUCUCUUUAGCAACUAUGAAGACCUGGAAGUUGAUUUCAUAUUUUGUUGCCAUUCCUGGCAUUCUUAUCUGUACUUACAAUAUGUAUCUUAAAGAGAAAGAGCAUCAUGAACAUCCAAGGGCAGAGUUUGUACCAUACUCUCACCUCAGGAUUAGAUCUAAGGUUGGUGAACAGUGUCAUUUCUUCAAAUUGUGUGUGAAGGUGCAGUGGCUCAAUGAUCAGUGCAUUGGACUCUGGGUCAAGAGGGUGGGUUCAAGCACUGGCGGAAUUAAUAUGUUGUGUUCAGGGAAGCCUGAGGGAAGCCUGAUGAAAUUCUGGGGGACUGUCCUUGUGAUGGACAAGCAUCCCAUCCAGGGGAGAAGUUGUAAUACUCCCAGUUGCCCAAUGCUAAGGAAAUUGGGAUAAACUCUAGCUGGGUUGGCUAUUAGGCUCAAGUACUGACUAAACCUUUCUUCAAACAGUGGUCUAACAGCUGACAUAGUUUUUGAAUACAUUCCAAACUCUUGAAAGCAGUAUGAACCCAAUCACUCCCUAGAUUGAAAUAUAAUUUCUUCACACUGUCUUUCAUACAAUUCUUAUCAUUUCAGAUUUGAGAAUGUAGUCCUAAGUCAUAUAAAAUAUGUUCUUUCUGUUCUCAUUGCAUUUUGCUGAAAAAUGUAUUGGUAAUGUAAGGGUAGUGUACUGUCAUUUCUGCAAGUGAAAGGGGUGAAAGAAACAGAUUGGAAUGACUCAAUUUCCUUCGUCGACAACAAAACUGAUGCAAAACUGUAAAAUUAAAGAGUAAUCAAAAUGUCCAUGUUCGAGAAGGUUAUUGUGUGACAUACAGGUUUUUAUUGGUGUUAUGUUUUUAGAGGAAGCAUAUUUCCAUUUCUCUGGUGAAAACUGUUUCAUACUGUUUUGACAUCUUCUGAAAUGUAAAAAAAGAAUUGUAAUGGCCAUUUUAUGUAAUUUUUAUCGGUGUUAUACAAGGAUUUCCGGCCCUGAGAAAAGCCGUAACAACACACGUGAAAAAAAAUCAUAUUUUUUCACGUGUUGAUAUAGCCAAUCAGCUGCUGACACAUCACUCGUCUUUGGCACUACUCGGUCAGGUUGAUGAAUGAACAGCAAAGCCUUCACGAUUCUUGAUACAAGUUGUUGUCUAAGCUUGCUCAAAUUAUGGCGGCUAAAACACUAAAAAAUCUGUAUUGCUUACAGACAGUGAGGUUCAAACUUUUCUAGAAGGGGAAGGAAACCAACAUACUAAAAGAAAAACCAAAAGUUAUGUAUUUGGUGGCUUUAGUGUUAGCAUUUCUCUCGGCUGAGAAUGAAAAUCAACAACUGGAAGAUUUGUCACUGGCCGAUUUUGGCUGUUUACCUGAAAGACUUCUUCUGUCGGUAAGGACAAAGUCAAUAAAUGAGAAUUUUGUAAAUUGAAAAUUACAACCAUUGUUGUUUUUGUAAUCAUGAUUCAACGCAUUUUUCCAUUAUAAGAGUUAGUGCCAACACACUUCAUUCAUUAAUGAAGUCGGCUUUUCUUCUCAGUAAAGGGCUAUUGUGUUUAUAUGAUAAACAAAAUAAUACAUGGUUGCUUGUAGAUAUGGAAUUUCUCUUCUUGUGUUCAACUCGACAUCUCACUCAUGAGGUAUCGAGUAAACACUUGAAGAGAAAUUCCAUAUCUACACACGCCCAUCUAUUAUUCUCUAUUUACAUAUUACUUCUAAAGAUGAUCAUUUAUUUGCCAUAAUCCAUCCUUGAAAACAACUGGGUGAGAUAUAUGAUAUGGCCAGUCAGCUAAUAGGGCAUCAUAUUAGUAUUGAUAUCAGUGAGUUAUCUUUUUCUCCUGUAGGAAAAUUGUAACAUUCCUUCUGCUGUUAAAUUUUAUUACUGUCUCAUUUGUCUCAAGAAGAGAUCUGUUUUGUUUCAGCUCUUCCCAUGGGGUGAUGGCAACCACUCAUUAUUUCACAAUUCGCACGUGAAUGCUCUGCCUGAUGGCUAUGAAGAUGAAAUGGAACAUUAA